GCUAAACACCAUGUUACCUAAACCAUCAUUCCACAAUACCUACAACACAAACACAACACGCCACUCACAAUCCGGGUAAGGGGAUUUGAGAAAGCAAGAACAUUGCCAUGAUACCUUACCCGCUUCUGAGUGUCUGAUCUCAGCAUGUCGCUCGUUCCAUAUUCAUCGCGCGACAGUCGAGAUAUCGUCCUCUGCUAUGACGAUACCAUAGUCAUCCGCGAUCCCCAAACCCAGCAACUGAGCCUCCGCGGCACGGGUGCCUCCUCCUCCUCCUCUUGUCCUACUUGCCACCGUCCCUUUCGCGAUGCAUCGCCCGAACGGCAGUCCUCUCCCCAUCGCCGACCCACACACUUUAUUUCUCCCGAAUACUUUCGCAUGCUUCAUGAUACCAACGUCCGAACCGAUGUGCCACCUUCAAGUCCGAUUCGUAGACUGGUAGAACCAGCAUUUCCUUCUACGCCCAUCAGCCUGGGUAGUUCCGUGACGGAUGCAGAGUUCGUGACGAGCACGCCGGAUCCUGAGGCGGCAAAUAGUAUCAAGAAGGAUGCAUUUAGUCCCGAUUAUUUCAAGAGAUUCUUCAUCAUCGAGAAGGAGCUGGGAAGAGGCGGGAAGGGAGUCGUGUUGUUGGUGAGGCAUGAAUUGGACAGUGUUUGUCUCGGUCAGUUUGCUUGCAAGAGAGUUCCCGUCGGAGACGACCAUGCGUGGCUGGAGAAAGUUCUCAUUGAAGUACAACUACUCCAAGGGUUAUCUCAUCCAAACCUUGUGUCCUACCGGCACGUCUGGCUUGAAGAUGUUCAGCUCAAUCGAUUUGGCCCCUCGGUACCAUGUGCAUUCAUUCUACAACAAUACUGCAACUCGGGAGAUUUGUUACAGUACGUUACUGGACCUGCCGUGCCUGCGAAUACAAAGGAGCAUCUGAAGGAGCAAAUGCGGAGAAGGUCAAAGGGGCAAUCUGAGCGGCUGGGCGACCUUAAGCCGCCACAGAGAAAGCUGCCUUUCGAAGAAAUCUACUCAUUCUUCAAAGACAUUACGUCAGGCCUAGCACAUCUCCAUGCCUCAAACUACAUCCAUCGCGAUCUUAAGCCGAGCAACUGUCUUCUCCACAGAGAUGGGAACGACUUGCGAUGUUUGAUUAGUGACUUCGGAGAGGUACAACCUGAGAAUGCAGCUCGGAAAUCGACAGGAGCCACAGGGACAAUAUCGUAUUGCGCCCCUGAAGUUCUCAAGCAAGACCAGUUCGGCCGUUAUGGGAACUUUACGACAAAAUCAGACAUCUUCAGUUUGGGGAUGAUUUUAUACUUCAUGUGCUUCGGACGACUGCCCUACAGCAGUGCUAAUAGCAUUCAAGAGGAAUACGAGGAUGUUGAUUUGCUGAGGGCCGAAAUUAGCAAUUGGUCAGGCUUCCAUGAUGAGCGACGAGAACGACCUGAGUUACCGAAUCAACUCUAUACUUUCCUGAAAAGAUUAUUAUCUAUUGAUCCAGCGGAUCGACCCAGUACGCAUGAAAUUAUCCAGGCUAUUCAAACAGGGAAAGGGCUCGAUCCUCCUCCGAAGAAUAGAAAUGGGAGUACUGGAGAUAUUGGUGGAAGAAUAAUUCAAUCUGUUGAGGCUCCUAUUUCUUCCGGGACGCCUAGCAAUGAGCCGAUGAAGCGUAUUCGCUCAGGUGCAUAUAUCGAAGACGCCUCAGACGUCCCCUCCCUAUUGCCAACACCGGAAACGCAGUUAACCCUCGAACCCCAGAAGAACCCGCAUCCGAACUCUCCACAAGGCCCGGCAGCCCUAACACCCCUCCUCAUGCCACCGCCCUCCACCACCUUCUCAGCAAUCAGAACCCGCCUCGACCUCUACAAGCACUACCUCUUCUCCUGGUUAGCCCUCAAUCUUGAAAUGGUCCAACUAAUUGCGGCACUCGGUAUCUUCCUCGUGAAAGUUCUCUCAAUCACGAGACCUUGUCUACCAUCUGGGACUAGAGAAACCGUCUGGUAUCCGCUCAUGGCACUUGCGGCGUUGGAACUCGCAUUAAGGACGAGAAUUGGAUGGAGAAUGAGAGGAGUACUCGCGGCCGCUCAUCUGGCGGUUUUAUGGUGGGCGCUGAGGCUGGAUGGUAGGUUGUGCAUUGAGAGAGAAUGGCAUUGGGGUGAUGGUGAGGGUUGACCGUGAUAAGGUCAUCAAUCAUUGUACCCUCUUGCAUUGAAUUUUGGCUGUAUGGUCGGGCUGGCCGACUCCUUAAACACACGUUGGCUUUGAUGGCGUUGGUGCACUGCAUGAUUCAAAUGGGGGGCUUUUUGGGUUGGGCUUGGGGGGAGCGGGGGAUUGAGGCAGGUCAUGGUUCUCAUGGGUGGAAAAUGGAAAAUGGAAAUGGG